CAGCAGAGCAAACUCUGGGCUGACCCGAGGGGGUGGGACGAGCGAUCUUGAGGGCGGGAAUUCAGUGGAGGAGGAGGAGGUGGUCGCCUGGGGGGCUGCGGCUGGUGGGGAAGGGGAAAAGGAAGAGGAAGGGGUGAGGCUCCUAGGCCAGGAUGGACACGGUCUUCGCCGGCGAAAUCCUCCGGGCGGUGUGCGCCGCGGGCGGCUCUCUGAAAGUCAGCGACAUAAAGGUCCGGCUGACCUCGGAGGGCCUGGCCUUGAUACUGCAGGAUAAGACGAAGUUCACGCUGGUGACCCGGGAGGACCCCCCCUCGGCGGCCGGCAGCGAGGAGCACCGUGUUGUGGUGGCUACCACUGGGGCGCGGCUGUGCCGGGAGCACGGUAGUGGGAAGUGCGGCGGUGGCUGCCGGCAGUUCCACCUCUGCCGGUACUUCGUGUACGGGGGGUGCCGUUCCAAAACUUUUAGGAAACCAUGCAAGUUUAUCCAUGACAUUUAUACAGGACACAACCUUUCUGUCCUAAAAGAACAUGGGCUGCAAAUCUUAAACUCUGAUGAAUUAUGUCAACUGCUGCUUCAGAAUGAUCCUUCGCUCUUGCCCGAGAUCUGCCCAUAUUACAACAAAGGGGAUGGGCCUUAUGGAUCUUGCACCUUUAAGAAGAUCUGUGUUAAACUUCAUAUAUGUCAGUACUAUCUCCAGGGAGAAUGUAGAUUUGGGAAUAACUGCAGACACUCUCAUGAUAUUUUUAAUCCUGAUUGUUACGAGAAACUGGAGAAGUGGGGGAUGAGUCAAGCUUUGAUUAGUCGAAUUCCAUUGAUCUACAGGAAUGUGUAUGACAUAAAAAGCAGAGCAGCAUCAACACACAAAGAGAGAAGAGAAAAUCAGGUAUUGUCCACCACAGACACUGAUGAAUCAGAUAUGAUUUGUUUAUACCACAUUAGGAAAAGUUGUAGCUUUCAAGAUAAGUGUACCCGAGUUCACUACCAUUUGCCAUAUAGAUGGCAAAUUUUACAUGGGACUUUGUGGAAAGAUCUGAAUGAUAUGGAGGAUGUUGAGCGAGCCUACUGUGACCCAGUCAAUGAAAGGCAGUUCCACUUUGGAAGAAAGGAACUUGGCCAAGGUUUAUGCAUGAAGUAUAUUGAUUUCUCCAGUAUGACAUGUGGCUCUGCUAAAAUUAGACGCCUCUCCACAGCAUCUUCUGUGACCAAGCCUCCUCACUAUAUUCUCACAACAGUUUGGACCUGGUACUGGAAAGAUGAAUAUAAUGUAUGGAAUGAAUAUGGAAAACAAGAUAAUGAUCAUGCUGCUGCUACUGUGUCCAGCUUUGACUUGGAGAAAGCCUAUCAGUCUGAAGCAUUUACGACCCUCCAGUUCUCGGCUGGGAUACAGAAUUAUGAGAUUGAUUUUAAAGCCAUGAAACAGAAAAACCUGAAAUAUCUAACAGAACGAAGUGUUUGCAGGCGGCCUAAGUUUGUGUCUUUAAAAGAAGUGGAGAAGAAGAAAAGCAGUGGGCCAGAGCAAUCAAAGGAAAGCUCUACACACAUUCCAUCUCACUGGGACCAGUCAGCCUUACCAGAACUGGGAUAUGCGCUAAUCAACCUCCUCCCAUCCUCCAGUGAAUACAGAAAAGUCCAGGCUAACUUUCAGCGCACAAUGCCCAGGGCCACAAUUGUGGCAAUCAAAAGAAUCCAGAAUGUGUCUCUUUGGGAAGUUUAUCAGUGGCAGAAAGAGCAGAUGAAGAAGGCAAAUGGGGGCAAGGAUGUGGAUGAAAGGUCAUUGUUUCAUGGAACAAGUAAAAACCACAUUGAUGCUAUCUGCCAGCAGAAUUUUGAUUGGAGGAUUUGUGGUGUUCAUGGUACAGCUUAUGGCAAAGGAAGUUACUUUGCAAGGGAUGCUGCGUAUUCUGAUAACUACAGUGGAAUCAACUCUUCGGUCAAGAAUAUGUUUCUCGCCAAAGUAUUGGUGGGAGAUUUUACAAAUGGCUGUUCUUCCUAUCUCCGCCCUCCUGCCAAAAAUAACCAGAACAAUCUUUUCUAUAACAGCUGUGUGAACAGUCUCCUGAAUCCAUCCAUCUUUGUCAUUUUUGAGAAGCACCAGAUUUAUCCAGAAUACUUGAUUGAAUAUAGAAAUUAAAUAGAAUUUGUGUGUAGAGCAUGUAUUCCUGUUUAAAGCUAAAUGAGCUACUUUCUGAAUGACUACUAAAGACCUUAGACUUCAGAUACAUUCAUGUUAGAACUGUCAGUAUUUUGUUGAUUGAUUUUAAACAUCUUUUGAUAGAUUAAAAAAAAGAUCCUCCCCCCCCUGCAUUGAGCAUCACAAAUGUAAAAAGCAGACUUAAUUUUUACUGUCAAAGCUCAAUAAAUCUAUGGAUGUUAAGUGCUUUCUUAGAAGAGACAUUAUUCCUUUCUCAGGGAGGAAUAAUUUUGCUGUGAUUAUACUUGUUCUGAUAGUUGUAUGUCAUGUAAAAUCCUAGAGAACGCUUUUUUAUUCAUAGACAGAUUUAAUCAGUUGAAUCAGAAAUGACUCUAAGUUUUGUUAGGGGAGCAAUAGCCCUAAUACCUAGCCUUAAAUAAUAACACUCCCCCCCCCUUUGCAUUAAUUGCAGCGGAGAUGUGCAGGGGUUUGAAAAGGUGCUUUGGAGCAGGCAUGUGGACAUACUACAUCUCUCGGUGCUGCCUUAUCCCAAUAGAUAAGGUGUGCUCACCCACACCUGCUCUGAAAGAGUUGAUAACCUUAUAUCUGACAUCUGUAAAUUGCAGAUAAUGUUGCAACAAGAGCCCACAUGAAGCACUGGUUUUGAUAAUCUCUAAUGUGCUAUUUGAAACAGUUCUGCUGUUUUUGCAGUAGAUUUUAAUAUUUUAGCAUUAACAUAAAUUAAUCUCUUUCAAUGACUGUUCCCUCUUCCUAAGGCCACAAGGGUAGGGAUAACCUUCAGUUCAGUCAGCCCUCUGUCUGUGCAUCUUGAAGUUCCAUAUGAACCAUGUAACUCUGACCAUUAUUUAAGUUCCAAAAAAUGAAUACAGUAUGACUUUUUUUCCCCUGUACUUGGUUUCUCAAAUAUGUCUUAUUUUUGUCUGCACUUUUAGAAUAUGUCUGUCAAAGAACCUUCUCUAAGCUAAUGCCUUCUAGAUUUAUUGGACUACAAUUCCCAGAAUACCCACUCAGCAUGGGUGUUAAUCAUAUUGGUUGGGAAUUCUGGAGUUGUAGCCCUUUCAUCUGUAAAAUAUCAAGCUGAGGAAUGCUGUUGUAGCAUUUUUCUCUGUUUUACUUUGCUAGCUCUCGUGCUUCCUCUCUGGCAGAGUGAGAUGUAUACGCUGGAUUUUCUCCUUUAAAAAAUUUCUGUAAUUUGUCUGCAUUUCCUGUCAUCAGGGACCAACUUCUUAAAAUUUUAGGUUUGGGAUAUAAAAUACAUGUUGGGAAUGUUUUUUAAGAACUUACCAUUUACUUAAAUAAACCUUAGUAACAUAAGUAGUUGUUUGGUUGCAUUAGAUGGUAUCAUUUUGUUGCAUCUCAGUGGAUAUAUAGUUGGCUGUGGUGAGUUAAUUACGUGCUAGUGAAACCUCAAGAUACAACCCUUUAGUGUGAAUAUGAUGUAGUUGAAUGUGUCCUGUACUGAGUUUUGCAGAUCUGUAAUGGAACUCUUGGAGCAAACCGUAUCUAGCUACAGCUUUCCAGUUUUUAGGCUUCUGGGAAGCAAUGGCAGAUUAUGCUGACAGCUGCAGUGGAAAGAGGAGUGGGUGAAGGAAUUGGCUCCUUGGAACCCCUCUCCGGAUUAAGAAGAUUAGGAUCACCCAUAAGUUUGCUCCAUACAGAGGCUCACCCGUGAUAGUGAUCUCUGCUGGGUUUGAGAGCUCUGGGAGCAGGGGAAAAAGUCAUCUUGCCUAAGCUGCGGUUCAGUGCCUUCAAACAGACACUGGGUUUGCCCACUUCCUCUCUUAACUAAUUUAGGAAAUUA